GGUGCGGGGCGGUGCGCGGCACUGAGCCGGCGGCUCCCGCGGGCGACGCGGGACGGGCCGGGCCCUCCGUCCGCUCCGCUCGCUCCGCGCCGCGUCCCCCGCACCGCAUCCCGGCACCGAGCCGGCCCGGGUGAGGCUGACACCGUCGAGGGGUUGUGCGCCUGCUCCCGCAGCGCCGACGGGAGGACUGACAAACCCCAAGUGCCCAGCCAGUCCCGGCGUCCAAGAUGUCCCUGAAGGUGCAGACGAGCAACAUCACGAACAAGAAUGACCCCAAGUCCAUCAACUCGCGGGUGUUCAUCGGCAACCUCAACACGGCCGUGGUGAAGAAGUCGGACGUGGAGACCAUCUUCUCCAAGUACGGGCGGGUGGUGGGCUGCUCCGUGCACAAGGGCUACGCCUUCGUGCAGUACUCCAACGAGAGGCACGCGCGCGCCGCCGUGCUGGGCGAGAACGGCCGCAUCCUGGCCGGACAGACCCUGGAUAUCAACAUGGCUGGGGAACCCAAACCCAACAGACCCAAAGGGCUCAAGAGAGCAGCCUCUGCCUUGUACAGCGGCUACGACUUCGACUACGACUAUUACAGAGACGACUUCUACGACAGGCUCUUCGAGUACCGGGGCAGAGUGUCCCCCGUGCCCAGGGUGGUCCCUGUGAAGAGGCCCCGGGUCACCAUCCCGCUCGUGCGGCGCGUGAAGGCCUCGCUGCCCGUCAAGCUCUUCGCCAGGUCGGCCGCCAUCGCCAACAGCUCGGCCAAGCUCAAGUUGAAGAGCAGUGAGCUGCAGACAAUCAAAACUGAGCUGACACAGAUCAAGUCCAACAUUGAUGCUCUGCUGGGCCGGCUGGAGCAGAUUGCAGAGGAACAGAAGCUGUCUGCAGAGGUUCGGAAGAAGGCUGAGAGCAGCAAAAGUGAAGUGUCCCAGGAGGACACGGCGUCGGAGGCCGAGGCCAACACAGAGGAGCCGCUCAACGGGGACGAGGGGGAGGAGGAGGGUCUUGCACGGGAUGAGUGUGAAGAUGAACUGGAGAACAGCCAUUACACAGAUGUGGAGGAUGCCAGACUACAGUAACCAGCCCUCUCAGAACAGCAGUGAGCAACUGUGUGAGGAAAGCACGAGGCUAAACCCUGUCCUGGCACGUUGAGCAAGGCAAGCUGAACGGAAGUGCUGCUGUCAUCUCUACCUGGCAUCCAAAAGGAGAAACAUGGCCCGACAUCUUCCAUCCAUCUGUAAAGCAAAGACAAGGAAAUCUCAUCAUCCCAGCGAAUCCCCACUCCCCCUGCAAUGGAUUGGGAGCUCUGCAGCCAGAGGAGGCAGGAGCCAAACCUGCACAGCCCAGAGCCACCCCAGACUGGAGAACAGGAGAGCUGUGUCCCCAGGGAGUCCGAGGGGUUUGCAGGAGAGCAGGGAGGGCUCAGCCCAGCCCAGUGCAGACGUUUUUCCCCGUGUGAGGUGAGAGCCAGAGCAUUUCCUGACUGAGGGAGAAGUACUGUCUCAGUGUGGAUGGUUUGUGUUCUUGCACUGGGGAUCCUGGUGAGGAGGAGGGUGUGGGGUGAGCUGUCCUCCAGAACAGUCCCCUCCUGUCACGGCUCUCUUGCCCCGUGAACCGCCGUGGGUCCACAGGCACUUCCAGGCGGGAAGGAGUCGGAGCUGGAGCUCGUGCUGUGCUCUGGAAGCUGCUUGAAGAGGGAAGGGGAGAGGAAGCUGCAGGAAAGCAAGUGAUCCCCAGCAGGAGGAACAAAGCCAACGUCACCUUCAGUGGUUUGGUGUCCUCGUUCUCCCCUGGGAAGGCACCGUGUGAAGGCUGAGCGAGUCUCUGCAGAGUGAGGGGAGGGGGGGGAUGUGGGUGAGACCCUUUGCUUGGACCAGCUGCUCCCUGGGAGGGAUGGAGAGCACCCACUUCUGCAGCCCAGUGCCAGAGACAUCAGCCCCUCCCCUGGGGAGCCCCCAGCUCCUCCUGCCCCAUCUCACACCGACCUGGCACGUCGGGAGAGCUCCAACAGCUCCUGCUCUGUCACAGCCCGAGGGGUCCGUGCAGUGUGACAGCCCCUGGGGACAGCACAGUGCACGUGGGUGUGCAAGCACCUCCCCUGCUCCCCAGAGUCCAUCCAGCUGCUCCCCAGCCGUGCCCUGGCCGUGAGCAGGGGCUGCACGGCCCUCGGGUGGCUCCUCGGGGGGAGCCCCCUCGUGCCGCAGCACCCCAAGAGCUCUCAGCCUUUCUCCUCCUCCUUCUUGGGCUUACCCGGUUUUCCUGGGGUAGAUGGGGCUGAAACUCACUGCAGCACUUUAUUCAGAUCUGAUGUGUCCUGCCCACCUCCUUCCCUUCCAAAACACACCCCCACACCCAGUGCUUUGACUCCAGCCCGGUGUCCACCCCUUCUCCUGGGUCAGACCCUCCCACACCACGCAUGGCCCCGGGUCCUUCCGAGUGCUCCAACCUCAUCCACGGCAUCUCUGAAGGAUGAAGGGGAAAACAGGCCUGGGGGCAGCACCCAACACCCCCACCACCCCACCAGGGCCACCCUGGAGCGAAGCACAAGGUUUGAGUUGCGUUCCUGAGUUUGGAAUGUUUGGUGAGGGAUCAGAGGGAUAACAGAGCUGUCCCCUCCCUGUGCCGGUUCCUGUCCAGUCUCCACUGUUGUCCUGAGCCUUGUAGAGCUGUUUUCUAGGCCUGGAGAGAUGAGUUGCAGUUUUUGCUAUGAACUGACUGUGAUGCUGAUGUUUGGGAGAAAGGUGACCUUGUACAUACGACCCUGUAUAAUAAAAGAAAGAAAUCUAA